UCGCGUCCCUUCCCUCCUCAAAAAAAAAUCUGCAAAGGCUGUUUUCCAGUCCGAUUUUUUAACAUCUGAAGAAGCAAAGGAACAUAGGCUCAGGGGGAUGGACGAAAACAGCCUUUUAAAAAUAAUGCACCAACAAUGGAGGGAUAAGAGUGAACAAGAAAAGGAGUCCUACAGAAGAAGAGCCUAUGUUAUAAACAACACAACUGGUAGCUUGGAGGGAACUGAGACCAAAAAGAGGAGGGUUAAAAAACUCCAAUCCAAAAUCAAAACAUGUAUGGACCAGUUGAAUGGACUCGGUGCCCCCUCCCUGUGGGUAGCCAAAAUCCCGGGAGUGGGGCCCAAGUCCUACUAUUCCAAAAAAAUAAAAAAAAAUGAAAAUCAAAAAAAAGACAACGAAGAAAUGAAUAUAUUGUUCCUAUCUGGAGGCAAUUCUUCUUCUGACAGCACAGACGAAGCUUUAGACGAAACACUUGUUAUAUCUUCAUCUUCCUCGUCAGAAAACGAACCAGAUGAAUUGAUAGUAAAUGUAGAAGUAAAGUCUGAAUCAGAGGCACAAGUAAAGUCUGAACCAGAGGUACAAGUAUGGUCGGAGCCUGAAGUAAAGCCUGAACCAGAGGAUGUCGUUCCUACUAGUGUCAAGCAGUCACCACACACUGUUAUUACAAAAAGAAGAUAUGGCCCCAGAUGGCAAAAAAAGUUUCAUUGACAUUAGUAAAUCUAAUUCUGCUCUAACCCUCGGAGCUUAUGCGUUGCAUCGGUCGAGGACUACGUUUCCAGAAUCUUUUUCCCAUUUGGUUUUCUGUCUGGUUUUUCGUAGCGGGCAACGCAUUUUUUUGUUUUUGACUUUUUUUCUUUCUUUUUUUCUUUUUCUUUUGUCUUUUAAAAUAAAAAUUUA